AUACAAGGACAUUGUUUCUUGGAGCAACUGGCUAUAAAACUCUUUGAACUAAUGAGGUGAAUUGAUGAAGCACAGAAAAUAAGUGUGGGCUCUGCUGCUUAUUCAAAAACACCUUCUAAGGUGUUUCCCAGAACACCCUGGUCAUGGACCCAAAGCCUCGACUUGUGCCAGAGGGAGGACGACUGGAAUACCUGCAGGCAUUGGUCACCGAGUUCCAGGAGACAGCAAGCCAAGAAGCCAAGGAGCAGGUCCUGGCCAAUCUAGCAAAUUUUGCCUAUGACCCCAACAACUACCAGCAUCUCCGGGAGCUGCAAGUGUUGGACUUAUUCCUUGAUGUACUGAGCGAGGACAGCGAUACCUUAGUGGAGUUUGCCAUAGGGGGCCUCUGCAACCUGUGCCUGGAUAAAGUCAACAAAGAGUAUAUUCUGCAGAUGGGAGGCAUCAAACCCAUCCUCAACUGCCUGUCCAGCUCCAAUGAGGAGACAGUUAUGUCCGCGGUCACAACACUCAUGUACCUGAGCACAUCCCAGUCCAUCCAGGAGCUCACAGCCCUGCCCGUGGUGGAAUGUAUGCUCCGCUUCUCCCUCUCUGCAAAUAAGAGACUUAGCAAUCUGGCUACCAUCUUCCUGGAAGACUACUGCUCCCCUCGCCAGGUGGAAGAAGCCCAGAACCUGAGCCCACACACCGCUGUGGGCAUCCCACUCCCUAAAGACUGAUGCCAGGGAGGUGGUGUCCAUCCUUGGGAGCCCUGGGUUGGCAGCCAGGUGCUGCACAGUUGGUGGAGAGGCUUGUUAGAAGGGCAGUGUAAGUAAGGGAAGCUGAACCUGGGAGAAGACCAAUUUAUGCCAGUGGACUAGAGAGAAGAAAGAUCACAAGCCCUCUGCAGGAGAAAAAUAUCCCAUUAAACAAUAAGGCAGUUUGGGGGGUAGAAAGGGGAGGCCUUGGAAGAGGAAUCUCAGGACAGACAAGUUGUGCUACUACCAGCGGGGACAGUGCCAUUGUCAACAGAUAGUGGCCAAGGUUUUAUACCUUUCAGGCUGGGGGAUUUGGCUAUUAAUAUAUAAGUUCCCUUAAAAUCUGCAAGGUAUAACUACAAAGCACUGAAAUGGAUACUAAUACACCAUGAAAAACAGUUUUGUUACUUUGGUUAAAUAGGAGUGAUAAUGUGUAAAAGAGAGAGGACUAACCAGGACCUGAAUUCUAGUUCUGGCCCUGCCUGAUUACCAGCCAUGUGAUCUUUGUUAAACAAUACUUUUAACAUCCAUGAACCUUAAUUUUCCCAUCAAAAUGGGCAUAAUAAUUGUCAUUGUGAGGAUCAAAUGAGAUUGUGUCCAAGAGUAACAACAUGUAGGGAUGCUCAGUUAUCAUACCAGUGGUUUACACACUCUUUUAUCCUCCAGCCACCUUCUUUAGGGUCUGCCCCCUCAGCUUGAUGUAAAAUCCUCCUUGUUAAAGGGCCAUGGAAUGAAUUUAAUACAACCUCUGGCCCCUUCAAGCUCAUGUCGGGCACCAAAGGCGCACUGGGAAGAAGGCUGUUAAGCACAUGUUUACACGUAACAAGACCAUUAUCUGGAAUGGAUUGCUACAAGUUUGCAUAAUCGUUACCUGUGCUAGUGUAUGGUGAGAGUUGAGGCCAUAGGUGUAUAUUUCUGCCUCUCCUUUAAAUGAAAAUUUCAUUUUUAUCAAUGCUUUUUUGUUUUUUAGUCA